UAUUGCAAACUAAGCUGGGGAACGAAAGUACUGUUUCCCCCUUGAACGUGUGUGAAACUGUUAUUAAAGCAAACCAAAAUCUACUUUUAAGACUGUCAACGGAGAAACAUUGAUAUUAUUUCAAGUCACGAGGCGCCUCUGUUGUAUGAUGGAGUAUUGACGUGUGUGUUAUCUGUGGUGUAUUUUUAGUCGCGCGUGGUGGUGUUGAUUGUUUACACAUCGCGUUAGCAAAAAUAAUUUAAAAAAAAAUAACAUGCCGCAAGGAAGGAGGAAGGUUCCUUUUAGCGCGAAAGCCAAGAAAAUGCAGCUGCAGAACAAGAGGAAGAUGAAAGGAGGUGUUCCAAAUUUUGUUGUCCGAGGUGACUCUGAGGAUGAAACUUCUGGUAUAAAUACAAUAAACAAGCAGCCAUCAAGCCAGAAAGGCCGAGGAAAUGCAAAUAGGUAUGCACUGCAAUUCCAUCGUGAAACUGAAGCUGAAAUUCGUGAGAGGAAGGAAGCUGCACGCCAUGCUCUAUUAUCUCUUCCUGAAACUUCAUUGGAAAUAGAUGGUAACACUUACUUUCCACCAGAUUUAGAUUUUCCUAAGAGACCACCAUGGAACUUUGAUAUGUCCCGUGAAGAACUGGAAGCACGAGAACACAGAUAUUUCAAUGAAUAUCUCUCAGAUCUUGAGAAGAAAUAUGACAGGAAGGAGCUGAGCUAUUUUGAACUGAAUUUGGAAACCUGGAGACAGCUGUGGAGGGUUCUUGAAAUGUCUGAUAUUAUCCUGAUAAUUGUGGAUAUCCGAUAUGCUGCAUUAAUGUUCCCACCAUCAUUGUACCAUCACGUUCAGAAACUUGACAAAAGUAUGAUACUAGUACUGAACAAAAUUGAUCUGUGUCCUGCUCCUGUUGUAGCAGCAUGGAUGCAUUAUUUCAAAGAAAGGUAUCCUUCUUUGCACAUUUUGAUAUUUACAUCUUUUCCAAGUUACAAUAUUCGUGGAAAUCAAGAAAAUAGAACAGGAUUACAGACACGCCGUAGACGUGGCAAACUACGUAUGGCAGCAGAAGGUGCACAGAAACUCCUUGAGGCAUGCAAAGACAUUGUUAAAGAUGAAGUUGACCUUAGUUCCUGGCAAAGUAAAAUCUCCGAGGAGAUGGAAACAGAGUACGAAUGUGAUGAUUUAGAAAUAGAAGAAACUGUGGAAAUGAAAAAGGUAGACACGAGCUAUAUUGAACAUGUAAGGUAUCGAGAGGGAGCUCUUACUAUUGGCUGUAUAGGGCAACCAAAUGUUGGGAAAUCAUCAUUAAUGAAUGCCAUAAUGGGAAAAAAGGUGGUGAGUGUUUCUAGGACCCCAGGUCACACGAAACACUUCCAAACUAUUUACCUCACAUCAAAUGUCAGACUUUGUGAUUGUCCAGGUCUGGUUUUUCCAUCAAAAGUCCCAAAGACAUUGCAAGUGCUAAUGGGGAGUUACCCAAUUGCUCAGCUCCGAGAACCAUAUUCAGCAAUUCAGUUUCUUGGGGAGAGAAUGGAUUUACCACAUUUACUACAAAUUAAGCAUCCUGAGGGAGAUGAGGAGUGGUCUGCAAUGGACAUCUGUGAUGGGUGGGCUCAGAAACGUGGUUUUUUCACAGCAAGGACAUCACGCCUCGAUUCAUAUCGAGCAGCAAAUCAUCUGUUACGUAUGGCACUUGAUGGAAAAAUAUGUCUUUGCAUGCGGCCAGCAGGCUACAGCAACAAUAAAGAAUUAUGGGAAAACCAUGAGUAUGUUGAAACUGUGCACUGGGUUCAGGCAAAAGGACAAGAGAACAACACAGAGCUGAAGGAUGGAACUGAGUCAUCUGAUGAAGAAAGUGAUACAUCUGAGAAGCAGAUUAGUCAUGAAAAUACAGGAGAAAAAAAUGAGGGUGAUUCAGAGGAGGAAGAUGAUGAAGAAGAAGAGUCUGUUGGCGCAGUUGGAUAUAGCAACAAAUUUAUGGGCCUCGACACAAGUGAUUAAUAAAACUUGAAUACUGUACUUAUUGUUAUAAGUGAGAGCUGUGAAGUUCAUCAUAAUAUAAAUUUAAAAUUAUGAAUAUCCAUAUGUUAAAAAUGUACAAUUAAAUCUUGAUUGUUCUUCUAA